GAACUGUAUAAUCUCGGAGCUCGUAGAAUUGCAGUGCUGAGUGCACCACCUAUUGGAUGUGUGCCAUCACAGAGAACUCUGGCUGGAGGGUUGGAGAGAGGGUGCUCAGAAAAGUACAAUUAUGCAGCCAAGUUGUUCAAUUCCAAACUCUCGAAGGAACUGGAUUCCCUUGGUCACAGCUCCCCCAAAAGCAGGAUUGUUUACAUUGAUGUCUACAACCCUCUACUCGAUAUCAUUCAGAACUACCAAAAUUAUG